AUGCCGCCCGGGCCCUGUACCCUGGUCCCACCGGCAGUGAGACAAGUUUCGCCCAAGCCCGGCACCAACCCUACCGGCCCACUCCGGGUCCCCUUGCCUCGCCACACGCUCUAUAAAGCCGGCCGGCCGGCCGCGGACCACGGCUCCAGCGAACGCGGCCGCGCUUCGCCUCGUCCGACCGAGUGCGUCCCUUCCGUGCUUGCAGCCCUCGCCGUGCUCACCGGCACACCCGCAGCCACCAUGUCCGCCACGAAGCUCAACCCGUUCGCGGCGCCGUUCCCAUGCCCCUACCCCCUCGCGCCGCCGGCGCCGCCCCCGUUCCCGCUCGCCGACGCCUGCCCGCCGCGGUUCCCAUUCGUCACCUACUGCUGCGUCGCCUCCCCGCAGGGCCACCUCGGCCUCGGCUUCUGCUUUCCCGUGCAGCAGUGCUCCUCCCCGCCGGCCCUCCGCAAGGGCGUCCCCGCGGCGCCGCCGCACGGCCUCCCGCCGCACAAGCUCAUGGCGGCGUUCUCCGGCCCCUGCAGAGCAGGGAAGCAGCGCCAGGCCCUGCCCCCAGUGCCUAUGAAGCCGGUCGCCUCUGCCGCCGCAGCCGACGCCGCGCCUGCCCAGGUGCCGGCGGCGAAGCGCAAGCCGCGGAUGGCGCGGCUGCUGAAGGCGGAGAGCUGGAGCCAGGCUAAGGCGCCGCGGCCACGGAAGGCGCGGGGUCCGCGCGCGCGCCUGACCGCGCAGCGUGAGGCGCCGCCGACGUCCCUCUACACGAAGCGGCCGCGGGAUUGGGUGAAGCCGGAGCCUUCGGAGCUCGGCGACUGCACCACCAUCAUGCUUCGCAAUAUCCCCAACAAGCUCAGGAGCGGCGAUAUGAUCAGUUUGCUCGACGAGCAGUGCGCGCGCGCGAACAGGGCCGCCGGCGUCGUUGUCGCAGCGUACGACGUCUUGUACUUGCCGAUGGACUUCAGGUGCAGGAAAGAGGCCAACUUCGGCUACGCGUUCAUCAACUUGACGACUACGGCGGCAGCCAAGGAGCUCUACUGCUCCCUGCAAAACUGCUGCUGGAAAGUGCACGGCUCCAAGAAGGUGAUCAACAUCGACCGGGCCACGCAGCAGGGCAAGGCGAUGCUGGUGAGGCAUUUGGAGAAGAUGAGGCUGGAGCGCGCCAAGGACGAGUUCCUGCCGGUGGAGUUCUCCCCGCCGCGCGACGGCGUCAACGUCCCCGCCGCGCCCAGGCGCAUCCGCAUGGCUCGCCGGCGGGGCGCCCGCACCGCAUCCAAGGCCAAGGCUAUCUCUAGCUAG